UCCAAAAUGGACGGCAAUAAGGACGAGAGUGAGCGAUGUAUUGAGAUCGCACAGCAAUAUAUCGCAUCAGGAAACUGUGAGAAGGCGAUAAAAUUUUUACAAAAAGCUGACAGAUUAUAUCCAUCCAAAAAAGCGAAAGUUUUGUUGGAAUCCCUUCAAAGAAAUGGAAGUUCUCAUUCAAAAAAGUCUGCUACCUCCAAUGGGAGAGCCCAUACAACAGAUGAGCAGGUCAAACCUGACACCAAUCAACACAAAGAAAUCAAACUGGAUUAUUCCCCAGAACAGGCCGACUCUGUCAGAAGGAUAAAAAAGUGUAAAGAUUAUUAUGAGAUCCUUGGAGUUCCCAAAGAUGUGUCAGAUAUAGAUUUGAAAAAAGCCUACAGAAAAUUAGCAUUACAGUUUCAUCCUGACAAAAACCAUGCACCGGGUGCCACAGAUGCUUUCAAAGCCAUUGGGAAUGCUUUUGGUGUUUUGAGUGAUACUGAAAAAAAGAAGCGAUAUGAUCAAUUUGGUAGUGAAGAAGAAAUUACUACAAGGAGGCGACGAAAUCAUCAUCAUCACCACCACCAUUAUCAUGAAGAUGAUGACGACGAUUGGGAUUUCAGUCGGGGUUUUGAAGGAGAUAUUUCUGCGGAAGAAUUAUUUAAUAUUUUCUUUGGCGGUGGCAUGCCAUCUAAUCGUGUACAUGUACACCGACGACGACAGCGUCAAGCACACAGACAAUCACAGCCUACUGAGGCAUCCUAUGCAUAUAUGAUACAGCUUUUACCAAUUCUUGUCUUAGUAGUAUUAUCACUCUUAUCUAGUCAGCUAAUACAAGCACCUCCGUAUACUUUAAAUCCUAAAGGGUUAUUCACAGAAGAAAGAAAAACUUUUAACUUAGAAAUAAAGUACUAUGUCAAGAAAGAUUUUGUAAAAGAAUUUCAAGGACGUAUCCGUGAAGUUGACCGAAUCGUUGAAGAAGAGCACGUUUCAAAUCUUAGAAAUAAUUGUUGGAAAGAACAAACUUAUAGAGAAAAUCUGUUUUACAAAGCAAAAUAUUUCAGCGAUAGGAAAUUGUAUGAAAAGGCUCAGAAUUUGGGAACGCCAUCUUGUGAAAAACUUCGAGAGAUAUAUGGACAAGGUUAGCUGCAUAGAAGUGAAGACAUUUACAAAUUAAAAUAGUUUGACCUGUUAUAUACAUACAAUGCAUCACUGUGUAUAAUGGUGCCUUCAACAAACUAUUCUACAUCUUGCAUAGUUACGCAGUAUAAUCAUGAUAUUUUACCACACCAUCAUUAACAAAUUACAACUGGCACUGUUGUUUGUGAGGGCAUAGUAAUCAAUCUUCAAUAUCAGUGUUUUUAAAUAAUUCAUAGAAAUUGUAUUCAUUAUUUAAGAUUAUUCUAAAUGCUAUUGUUGAAAGGUUAAAUCCUGGCUUACAGUUUUAUAAACUUCACUUGCUCUGAUAUGAAUAUGGCAGUGUUUAGACAGAAAUUUGUGGGGUUUAAGGACACAUUCCCAGUUAUCUAUCUCUGCAAUUUAUGAAUGGCUCAGAGCCUCUAAUUGCUUGCUUGUACAGAGCUAACCAUGUCAUGUAGUUCUGUCAUUGUCAGUAUGCCUGGUCCACACAUGGCUGACUGUUUUAUCAGUAUGCCUGGUCCACACAUGGCUGACUGUGUUGUCAGUGUGCCUGGUCCACACAUGGCUGACUGUGUUGUUGUCAGUAUGUCUGGACCACACAUGGCUGUCUGUGUUGUCAGUAUGCCUGGUUCACACAUGGUUGACUGUUUUGUCAGUGUGCCUGGUUCACACAUGGCUGACUGUGUUGUCACUAUGCCUGGUCCACACAUGGCUGACUUUGUUGUCAGUAUGCAUGGUCCACAUAUGGCUGACUAUGUUGUCAGUAUGCCUGAACUACACAUGGCUGUCUGUCUUGUCACUAUGCCUGGUCCACACAUGGCUGACUUUGUUGUCAGUAUGUCUGGUCCACACAUGGCUGACUGUAUUGUCACUAUGCCUGGUCCACACAUGGCUGACUUUGUUGUCAGUAUGUCUGGUCCACACAUGGCUGACUUUGUUGUCAGUAUGUCUGGUCCACACAUGGCUGACUUUGUUGUCAGUAUGUCUGGUCCACACAUGGCUGUGUUGUCAGUGUGCCUGGUCUACACAUGGCUGACUGUGUUGUCAGUGUGCCUGGUCUACACAUGGCUGACUGUGUUGUCAGUGUGCCUGGUCUACACAUGGCUGACUGUGUUGUCAGUAGGCCUGAUCCACACAUGGCUGACUGUGUUGUCACUAUGUCUGGUCCACACAUGGCUGACUGUGUUGUCACUAUGUCUGGUCCACAUAUGGCUGACUGUGUUGUCACUAUGUCUGGUCCACACAUGGCUGACUGCGUUGUCAGUAUAUCUGGUCCACACAUGGCUGACUGUGUUGUCAGUAUGUCUGGUCCACACAUGAGUGACUGUGUUGUCAGUAUGCAUGGUCCACAUAUGGCUGACUGUGUUGUCAAUAUGCCUGGUCCACACAUGGCUGACUAUGUUGUCAGUAUGCCUGAACUACACAUGGCUGACUGUGUUGUCAGUGUGCCUGGUCUACACAUGGCUGACUGUGUUGUCAGUGUGCCUGGUCCACACAUGGCUGACUGUGUUGUCAGUAUGCCUGGUCCACAUAGCUAGCUGUAUUAGGUAAUAAAUUUCAAAUGUGUACUGUAUUGCUGUAUCAGUAGCCCAUGUGCUCACGUAAAUGACAGAGGCGUGUCUGUAAUCAAAAUGUCCUUUUUUUAAAUGAUCAAGCUUACCAUUAAGGUAUUUUUUUCGGCUUCUAUUGUAAAUGUGCAUCUAAUGAGCAAAAUACAGUACAUGUAUUUUUUUUAAUCUUGUACUUCUGUAUAUAUGAUCUUGUAUUGGUUAUUAUUUGCAUCAACAUUUCAUUAUUACUGCCAUGUGCAAUCAUCUGUUAUGUACAUAUAUUUUUUUUCAGUUUAUGUAGUCGUUUAGUUUCAUUAUCUUGUGUGGUGAAAACAUUUGUCUCUCACUAAGAUCAUACUCUCCUCAAAGGUUGCUUAAGAUGACAUGAUCCAGUUGACAUGUGUCACUGAGACCACACUUUGGUGCAAGUCGCUGAGAUCACAUGUAGACACGAGUCAGAAAAAUCACAGGUUGACAUAGGUCACUGAGACCAUAGGUUGACAUAGGUCACUGAAAUCACAGGUUGACAUAGGUCACUGAGUUUACCUGUAGACUCGAGUCAGUGAAAUCACAGGUUGACAUAGGUCACUGAGUUUACCUGUAGACUCAAGUCAGUGAAAUCACAGGUUGACAUAGAUCAAUGGGACCACAGGUUGAUAGGUCACUGAGAUCUGAAGUUUACAUAAAGGUUGCUGCAAUCACUUAUGAAGAUGAGUCAACAUUGUAGGUAAAGUUUUACAGAUUGAUAAUGACAUAGGUCACUAAUAUUACAUGCUGAUAAUGUGACCGUAGUCAUUAAUAAACGUUUUAAACAGGUAUCUGCAAUAUAUUAUUUUCUUUCUGUCUUCUGGAAAAUUAUAUUCACGAUCACCUAAUUUUUGGAUCGGGACACUUGACACUUACAUCAAAUAUUACCUCAUCUCAAAUGAAAACUUUAAAUCACUGUUUUAGAUACUUCUUAGUAAAGCACAACAAUUCACAGAUUUAUUUGUUGAAUAUAUGAUGUGUAAUUCAGCAGCCCAGCCAUCAUUAAAAUAGUGUUUUAUACGAUGAAAUAAA